GCCUGUUGUUUUCGAGUUUGCGCUUCUUCCCAUCCCCCCUCACAGAAGUUCAUCUUCCUAACUGUUAGAAAACGACGUUUGAAUUCUUUACUGACUAUUUCUAGGGCAUAAUUAAGCUAAUGAAGUGAAACGAAUUCUCUAAGACUGAGUUCUUUCCUCCUCCCCCGCCGUCCUCGGUGAGGAUGCCCGUUUCCUGGCGAGCCCUCGCCGGUGUCGGCCCUCCUCCUGUGUCGUCACGCCGCUCUUCUACAAAAAGCUUCAUGGAGAAAUAGCGCAAGUCUCGGGUGCUGGGAAGCGGCGAGAGGGCAGAGAAAUGAAAGCCUCGGGUUUGGUUUUCAGGGCGGCGGGCAGCCUGCUCUGCCGGUCGGGCCGGCUGGGGAGCACCGCCGCGCCGCCAACUGCAGCCGCCGCCUGCGCUUCGGCCGGCGGCAAGACAGAGCAGCCUGGGCCAGACUUUGGCUUGCUGUUCGACAUUGACGGGGUCUUGGUCCGAGGCAGGACCCCCAUCCCAGCAGCCAAAAAAGCUUUCCAAAAGUUGGUGGACUCCAAGGGCCGGUUUGUUAUUCCUGUUGUCUUUGUCACAAACGCUGGGAACUGUCUGCGACAGAAGAAAGCAGAUCAGCUGUCUCACAUACUGGGCGUUCCUAUAUCACAGGAUCAAGUCAUGAUGUCUCACAGCCCUUUGAAAAUGUUGAGGAAGUAUCAUGAAAAGUGUGUGCUAGUGUCAGGACAGGGCCCGGUGCUGGACAUCGCCAAAAACUUGGGCUUUACCAAGGUGGUCAGUAUUGAUGAGCUACGAGAAUCCUUCCCCCUGCUGGACAUGGUGGAUCACAACAGACGCCCCAAGCUACCAUCCUCCCCUAUUGUGAACCUCCCUAAAGUUGAAGCUGUGAUUCUCUUUGGGGAGCCCAUUCGAUGGGAGACCAACCUGCAGCUGAUAAUCGAUGUUUUAUUGACCAAUGGGAAUCUGAGUAAUACAUAUGAAACCUCACACUCCUCUCACCUGCCACUCUUGGCCUGUAACAUGGACCUCGUGUGGAUGGCAGAAGCACAAGCUCCACGAUUCGGUCAUGGUACUUUCAUGGUGUGCCUGGAGAACAUUUAUAAAAAGAUCACAGGCAGAGAUCUGAAGUAUGAAGCUCUAAUGGGGAAGCCCAGUGAGCUGACCUACCAUUACGCUGAGUAUCUCAUCAGAGAACAGGCUGCUGAGAGAGGCUGGAGAGCACCCAUCAGAUCUCUCUACGCUAUUGGGGACAACCUCAUGACAGACAUCUAUGGUGCCAACCUCUACAACCGCUACCUCGAGGAACGGCUGGCCAGAAAGAGUGCCAAAGCUCUGGCGCAAGUCGUGGCUGCUACAGGAGCACCUGCGCCGGUCAGCCAGGAAGUGGACGCGGACAGCGGCUGGGAGAGCGAGCUGGCCUCCCCUUCGGCCACCUCCUGCAAGUCCAUCCUGGUGUGCACAGGGGUGUACAACCCUCACACAGAGGUGCCUAAAGAUGCGAGCCAGUGCAUCAAGGAGACCGUGUUCCAUGGACACCGCGACUUCCGCUUCGAUCCGGCACUCGUGGAGCCUGGGAACGUGGUUCAGGAUGUGGAUGCUGCUGUCGAACUUAUUUUCAAAAUGGAGAAAUUCACAACAUCUGUUUAGUAAAAUGAAGACUCUGAAUGCAAAGACAUUUCGAAGAAUAGUUAAUAAUUUCUGGUCAACAUAAACACCUUAAUUCCACAGUUAUCGUAAAGGAAAGGAAGUCCAGCAAGAUACACAAUGCAAAACCUUAAAAGAGUACCCAUCAUAUUUUAGCCUGAUCUCUGUCUGCUGUAAUUGAGUCAUAUCUUAUACACAGUAAUUUCAACAUGUUUCUGUAAGCUUAAUUGAAGGUACUGAAAACCAAUCCAAAACUCACCUAUUAUAGGAGCCAUUGGGCAGAUCCUGCAGAUACAGGUUAAAAACCCCUGGAUAAUUUCUUUAAAAGCAUGAAGCCAAAGGUGCUGUGGUUCAUUCAGACCAGACAAUGGAGAAUAUGAAAGACUUAUGAAAGACAAUACUGUAAUUCAACUUUGCUGUCUAUCCAGUUGACUUUUUUUGGUGUGUUUUUCACCACAUGAAUCAUAUUUCCUGUAAUUACAGUUCAGUUACUGCCACAUGGAGUGAUUACGCCCCAAGUCUUUCUAUGGUACAUUACUGUAAGCUGUAGCUGCCUCAGUUGUAUUUUCAGUAGUAGUAAUGUAUGGCUCCUUCAUGCUUAGGGUUAGUGUUAAUGUAACACAGAGACCACCACUAAUAUAUUUAUUUUCCAUUCAAAACAGCUGUUAAUUUUUCAGUAAAUGAUAGUUAAAUAGUAAAAUAUUACAGAGAACACUUAACAACUAAAUAUAACUUGUUUUUAGUAUUUAGUAUGUCCCCUGUUUAGCAUUAUUACAGCUUCCAUUCUUUUCAGGUGACUUACUUUCAGUUCCACACCAUAAGUUCCAUUAAGUUCAGCCUUAGAAGCGCUGGCUUUGCAUUUUCUGCUUCUCACAGUCAAAAUAAUUUCAUACACAUUCUGUGAUGUUGAGGUCUGGACUCUGGAGCGGGUCCAUUCGUUUUUCAGUGACACAUAUAUAUAUAGGGGUUUCACUCUGGACACAAACUGGACUCUUUUUCACUUCAGUUGGAAACUUUGUCUUUUACCUUAUCCUUAACUUACCUUGCGUCUAACCUCUUUAGAAAUAUGACAGAAAAUAAAGUUCAUUUAAUUGCUAUUUUUACUGGACAGUAAAUAAAUUAAAGGUAGUCUCUGACUUUUGCACAGGACUGUAUGCAGCAGCAUGGAAGGAUUUUUAUUUGAAUCAAAGCACAGUGCAUGUAGAUUCAUAUUAAAGGUGGUUUCGAGGGUUUCCUACAACUUUGUCAGCAUUUUGCCAAUAGAUGUUUGUCAGUUAUUGAUUUUUUCCAAGCAGUAUUGUGGAGGCACUGUGAGAACAUGGUUCCAGUCCAUUCACUUGCGUAUAAUUAUGUGUUAAUUGGUUAGUUUUAUUUGACAUAAAAAAUGUUACUGGUAAAUAUUUACUGCAGUAAUGUAACAUUAGCACAUUAAAACAAAACCACACAAAUACGAGAGAUUUUCAACAGUAACUCAUAAACAGGUCAGUUUUUGAAUGUUUUACUUAAAUGUUCUUAGCUCGUACACUUAAUUUUGCAUUAUUAUUAUUUCCUAAGUUAACAGAUAACUUUACUUUUUAAACUGUUUCUUAGCUUCUUCAGUGUUCGGGUAAGAAAAUAUUACUACUUAAUUUGCCUGCGUCAUCUCACACCUGCAUUUAUUUGAGAGAUUUAUGUACAGAAGUAGAUACAGACCACAUAAAACAUAAAUGGGGUGUCAUAAUGAUGGGUGUUGUACUGUUAAGCUCUUUAUGUUUUAAAGUUCAUUCAUUGUAAUGUUGUGCACUAACGGUGUCCCUUGUGCCAUUUUAAUUCAUUUUGACAAGGCAUUGGAAUUGGCUCGCGUGAAAAGCCAAUUCAGUGAGCGUACCACUGAAAUAUUAUGGUCUCACUUUCUUUUACAGUGCCUUAACAAUGAUUUAAGCAGGUAAAUAGACUUAAAUACAAUAUAAAUUCUAUUGCUUACAUUACAGUAACAUGAAAAAUCUUAUAUUUGAAUUCUUAGGUACUUAUGCAUAAAUUCAAAGCACAACACUCAAACCACUGAGCUGACCUCACUACUAGGUAAUGAAGGCAUAAAAAAGAAAGUGCAACCAUUGUAACAGAGAACUGCAUGUGUAAUGUAUUUAUUUUCCCUUAACAACAGUUCCUCUUUAGAGUUAUUCAAAGCAGUGAAAUGUUAAUAAAAGAGUAUUUCAUUGAGGUC